AACCAGCAGCACAAUGAUGGAGAUCGGGGUAUUUCUGCUUCCUCUGCUGCUUGCUCUGCUGACUCUGUUCUUCCUGAAACAACUCUGGUCCCGAAGACAUCUGCCUCCCGGUCCUUUGGCUCUGCCUCUCAUUGGGACUGUUUGGACAAAUGCGUUUUGGCUUCGAGAAGAUUAUUUCCGUAAGCAUACAAAACGGUAUGGAAAUAUAUACAGCAUGUUUUUAGCGCAUAUCCUUAUAGUAGUGCUCUCUGGAUUCAAAACUGUGAAGGAACGAAUGACCAGCUUCUCAGAAGAAUUCUCUGAACGAGCAAUUGAUCCUUUCUUGAGUGUUUUAGCGAAAGGAAGAGGAAUUAUUUUCUCAAACGGCCACACCUGGAAACAGCAGCGACACAUCGGCAUCACUGCUUUGCGGAAGCUGCGCCUGGGGAAAAAAAGCAUUGAGCAUGAAAUAGAGAAACACAAGGAAUUCCACUGUCUGCAUGAUCCACAAGAUUUCAUUGAUCACUAUCUUCUUCAGGUGGAAAAGAGCAGGAAUGACCCCAACUCGACCUACAACGAAGAGAACCUGGCUCAGUGUAUUUUUGAUUUUUUUGGUGCUGGAACAGACACAACCUUUGCUACUCUGAUGUGGGCACUGCUCCUCUUGGCAAAUCACCCCCACAUCCAAG